AUGGCUGAAGCAAUAACUUCAACUAGUAGUAUUCCGUUAGUAAUGAAAGCUGCAGAACAAAGUAAUUUUGGAGAAAUUCGUGAAGUAUUAACGCUGCGUGGUGAUGUAAAAGUGCCUCGAAAAUUAUCAUCGAAACAAAUUCUUGUUCGAGUUUAUGCUGCUUCAAUUAAUCCUGCUGAUUGGAAAUUAUUAAAUGGAAAUUUGUGGCCUAUCACUCGUUUUUCAUUUCCACAUAUACCGGGUACUGAUGUUGCUGGUGUUGUUGUCGAUAUUGGUUCUGCUGUAGAACGUUUUCAAAUUGGUGAUAAAGUUUAUGGCAAUGUUGGAAUCAAUGGUGGUAGUUAUGCUGAGUAUGUUUGUGGAAAUGAAUCAAUGUUUGCAUUAAAACCAAGAAAUCUAACGAUGGAAGAAGCAGCUGCUGUACCAGUAGCAUGUGAAACAAGUUAUCAAGCAUUAUUCAAUAAAGUUUCACCUCGUGUGGGAGCUGGAACAAAAAUCUUCAUAUGUGGUGGUAGUUCAGCAACAGGUUUCUUUGCCAUUCAAUUAGCAAAAGCUGUUGGUGCGCAAGUUGCAACAACAUGUUCAGAAAGAAACUUUAAUCUUUUAAAAAAACUCGGCUAUACAAUAACAGAAAAUAAAGAUGAAAUGAAUAAUGAUCCACAGAAAAUACUUGUUAUUGAUUAUAAUGCGAAAGAUUUUGGACAAGAACUCAAAGGACAAAAUUAUGAUGUUGUUUAUGAUUGUGUGGGCGGUCAACAACAAUGGAUAUCAGCACGGCAAAUAUUAAAAAUAGGUGGCCAAUUUAUUACUAUUGUUGGUGACGAUACAAAUCCAGUUCUUUCAUUUAAAUGGAUUGCUACAAUUGGUUCAAGUGUAAUAAAUCGUAAAUUUUGGUCAAUUUUCAGUUCAGCUCAUCAUGCUUAUAUAUAUCAUGGUCUCUAUCAAACGCCGGACGAUCUUGAUGAUAUACGAACAACUUAUAUUGAAACAGGCAAAGUCAAACCAUUAAUUGAUACUGUUUAUGAUUGGCGAAAGGACGGUGUUGAAGCAUUAUAUUUACCUUAUGAAAAAACAAGAAGCGGAAAAGCACAAGGAAAACUGAUUCUUAAAAUAGAUGAUGAAGAAUAA